AUGAUUUCAGCUAGCGCAGUUGUGUCUCCGGAAGAUACCCGAAUAGUGGAGAAAUGGCUGUUGUCUCAUAAUUUCUGGGCACUAACUGGAAUGCAAUACGCCGUAGAAUCAGUAAAGAGCGUUUUAUUACCAUAUUCGGUAAUGACUUUCAAGCUACAAGCUGAAGAUGCUGUACAUCGUGCUAUGUUAGAACAGAGGACACAAGCGGAAACCUGGGGUUCGGUUGAAUGGGCUCAUGGAGUGGAAGAAGAAGAAUUGACGACGCGACUAGCUGCUGCCGCUUUGUUUGUUUACUUUAAUAGCAAUGCUGUUGAAUGGGCUCAUGGAGUGGAAGAGGAAGAAUUGACGACGCGACUAGCUGCUGCCGCUUUGUUUGUUUACUUUAAUAGCAAUGCUGUCAUUAAGAAAAAACUUUAG